GAGAGAGAGAGAGAUAACAAUAGGCGGUGAGGAGGGCUGCUCAGAGAGGUCUGGUCUCUAGUCCACAUCUUCUCUCAGGCAGAAGGAGGCAGCAGGAGAGUACCGGUCGUAGACAUGAAGGACAAGGUCGACCCCGAACUGCCGAGAGGCAGCCCUCUUCAGAAUGGGGAGCUGGCCCAGAGUGACAACUCAGACAACUGAUGUGGGGGAAAGAAGAAGGAGAAGAAAAAGAAAGAGAAAUCCCCAUGGUGGGCCCCAUCGAACUGUUCAGGUUUGCAGAUGGCCUGGACAUCACCCUGAUCGUGGUGGGGACGCUCAUGUCCAUGGUGAACGGGGUGGUGCUCCCCCUCAUGUUCAUGGUGUUCGGAGACCUGACGGACAGCUUUGUGAAUCAUGCGUCCAACAUGACCAAUAACACUCAGUCUCUGGGCGAUCAGAUAAGUGGCUACGCCAUCAACUACUCCAUCAUGGGGGUGAUUGUGCUGGUGGCCGCCUACAUGCAGGUGGCCUUUUGGACGCUGGCGGCUGGGCGCCAGGCCAAGCGGCUGCGCACGCUCUUCUUCCACCGCAUCAUGCGGCAGGACAUUGGCUGGUUCGACGUGAACGAGACCGGGGAGCUCAACACCCGCCUCAUCGAUGAUGUCUUUAAGAUCCAGGAGGGCAUCGGGGACAAGAUGGGGACCCUCAUCCAGUCCUUCACCACCUUCUUCGCCUCCUUCAUCAUCGGCUUCGUCAACGGCUGGAAGCUGACGCUUGUCAUCCUGUCCAUCAGCCCCCUGCUGGGCGUGUCCGCCGCCCUCUUCAGUACGGUGUUGACGUCCUUCACCUCUAAAGAGCAGAGUGCGUACGCCAAGGCGGGCGCGGUCGCUGAGGAGGUGCUCUCUGCCAUCCGGACGGUGUUCGCCUUCAACGGGCAGGACAAGGAGAUCAGCAGAUAUUCCAAGAACUUAGAGGAUGCUAAGAGGAUGGGCAUUAAGAAGGCUGUGUCCACAAACAUCGCAAUGGGCUUCACCUUCCUGAUCAUCUACCUGUCCUACGCCCUGGCCUUCUGGUACGGCAGCACACUGGUCCUCAGUGAGGAGUACACCAUUGGAACCGUGCUGAUUGUGUUCUUUACUGUUCUGAUCGGGGCCUUUUCUUUGGGUCAGACGACCCCUAACUUCCAGGCCUUUGCCAGUGCCCGUGGCGCUGCACACAAAGUAUACAACAUCAUCGACAAUACGCCGAGCAUCGACAGCUACUCAGAGAGCGGCCUGAGGCCUGACUCCAUCAGAGGGGACAUUGAGUUCAGGAACAUCCACUUCAACUACCCAUCUAGGAGCGACGUCAAGGUGUUGAACAACCUGUCUCUGAGCGUGAAGACGGGCCAGACCAUUGCCCUGGUGGGCAGCAGCGGCUGUGGCAAGAGCACCACCAUCCAGCUGCUGCAGAGGUUUUACGACCCCCAGGAGGGCUCGGUGCACAUCGACGGGCAUGAUGUGCGCUCCCUCAACGUGCGCUUCCUGAGGGAAAAGAUCGGCGUGGUGAGCCAGGAGCCCAUCCUCUUCGCCACCACCAUCACAGAGAAUAUCCGGUACGGCUGGCCCGAGGUCACCCAGCAAGAAAUCGAGCGCGCCACCAAGGAGGCCAACGCCUACGACUUCAUCAUGUCCCUCCCCGACAAGUUCGAGACCCUGGUGGGGGACCGCGGGACGCAGAUGAGCGGGGGGCAGAAGCAGAGGAUCGCCAUCGCUCGAGCCCUCGUCCGCAACCCCAAGAUACUGCUGCUGGACGAGGCCACCUCCGCCCUCGAUGCUGAGAGCGAGACUAUUGUGCAGGAGGCCCUCGACAAGGUCCGACAGGGCCGCACAACGCUGGUCGUAGCCCAUCGCCUCUCCACGAUCAGAAACGCAGACGUCAUCGCCGGUUUCCGCAAUGGAGAAAUAGUGGAGAUGGGAACGCACAGUGAACUGAUGAAAAAACAGGGAGUGUACCACACCCUGGUCACAACGCAGACCUUCAAGGCUGCUGACGAGGGUGGCGAGAAGGAGGAGGUGCAGACCAUGGACCACAAGAGCCCCUCCAUCAUGUCCGUCUCAGAAUCCUCCUUGCAUCAGAGGAAGUCCACCAAGGCGACCUCCUUCAUCGGCUCAGAGGGAGAGAAGGAAGUGGUGGAGAAGAACCAGAAGAAGAAGGAGAAGACCGAAGAGGAGGAUGAGGACGUUCCCCCCGUGUCCUUCCUCAAGGUGCUGCGGCUCAACCUCCCCGAGUGGCCCUACAUUGUGGUGGGCCUGAUCUGUGCCACCAUCAACGGAGCCAUACAACCCCUCUUCGCAAUCCUCUUCUCCAAGAUCGUCGCUGUGUUCUCAGAGCCCAACAAAGACGUGGUCAGGGAGAAGUCGGCCUUAUUCUCCAUCCUGUUCGCAGUGAUCGGUGUCGUUAGCUUUUUCACUUUGUUCCUCCAGGGUUAUUGCUUUGGAAAGGCAGGUGAAAUUCUGACCAUGAAGCUGAGACUCAGGGCCUUCACAGCCAUGAUGAGACAGGACCUUGGUUGGUACGAUGAUCCAAAGAACAGUGUGGGCUCCCUGACUACCAGAUUAGCUACAGACGCAGCCCAAGUACAAGGAGCCACUGGGCUGCGAAUGGCCACGCUGGUCCAGAACGUGGCUAACCUGGGCACCAGUCUGAUCAUCUCCUUUGUGUAUGGCUGGGAGAUGACCCUACUCCUCCUGUCCAUAGUCCCCAUCAUGGCGCUGGCCGGGGCUGUGCAGCUCAAGAUGCUGGGUGGACACGCCACCAAAGACAAGAAGGAGCUCGAGAAGGCUGGCAAGAUCGCUACAGAGGUCAUCGAGAACAUCCGUACCGUGGCGUCCCUCACAAGAGAACCCAAGUUUGAGUCCUUAUACCAGGAGAACCUGCUGGUCCCUUACAACAACUCCAAGAAGAAGGCUCACAUCUACGGCUUCACCUUCUCCUUCUCACAAGCCAUGAUCUACUUUGCCUACGCUGGCUGCUUCCGCUUUGGGGCCUGGCUCAUCGAGGCGGGCAGGAUGGACUUUGAAAGCGUACUACUGGUGUUCUCUGCAGUGCUGUAUGGGGCCAUGGCUGUAGGGGAGGCCAACACUUUCACGCCAAACUACGCUAAAGCCAAGAUCUCCGCCUCCCACCUCAUGAUGCUGAUUGAGCGAGAGCCGGCCAUCAACAACCUGUCGCAGGGGGGAGAGAAGCCGGACAAGUUUGACGGCAACGUCCGCUUCCAGGACGUGCGGUUCACGUAUCCCUCGCGGCCGGACCUGCCUGUCCUGCAGGGGCUGAACCUGGAGGUGUGCAAGGGGGAGACGCUGGCCCUGGUGGGCAGCAGCGGCUGUGGGAAGAGCACCACCGUCCAGCUGCUGGAGAGGUUCUAUGACCCCCUGGAGGGGUCCGUGAUACUGGACAAUAUGGAUGUAAAGAUGCUCAACAUCCAUUGGCUGAGGUCCCAGAUAGGCAUCGUGUCCCAGGAGCCCGUGCUGUUCGACUGCAGCCUGGCCGAGAACAUCGCCUACGGAGACAACUCCCGCACAGUCAACAUAAAGGAGAUACAGGCCGCCGCCGAAUCAGCUAAUAUUCACAGCUUCAUCGACGGCCUGCCACAGAAGUACAACACUCAGGCUGGGGACAAGGGGACCCAGCUGUCAGGCGGGCAGAAGCAGCGCAUCGCCAUCGCCAGAGCCAUCCUGCGCAACCCCAAGGUGCUGCUGCUGGACGAGGCCACGUCGGCACUCGACACCGAGAGCGAGAAGGUGGUCCAAGAGGCCCUAGACCAGGCCAGCCAGGGAAGGACCUGCAUCGUGGUGGCCCACCGCCUGUCCACCAUCCAGAACGCUGACCGCAUUGUGGUGUUCCAGGACGGCGUGGUGGUGGAACAGGGCACGCAUCAGCAGCUGCUGGCCCAGAAGGGCUUCUACCACACACUGGUGACCAAGCAGAUGGGUCACAGCCACUGAGGGCUGCACGGGCUUACCUGGGCUGAAGCCCCAGGGCCUACGACGAUCAGGGGGCCUAUCAUGAGCUGCAGUAAAUGUUUUGUUUUUCUUAGAUUUUUUUAAUGCUGGCUCAUGAUAGGCCCCCCAAUCGUUGUAGGCCCAAGACAAUGCGAUUUUUUUUAAGGCCGUACAAAGAUCAGAGGCCUAUCACAAGCCAAGAAAAAAGGGGGCCACUAUGGCUGAGGUCUCAAGCGGCCAAUGGGCCCAGCUACCACUAGGGGGUGCCCUCCCCCUAGUGGUAGCUGGGCCCAGUGGCCACUUGAGGCCUCAGCCACAGUCGUGGCUAAUAAUUUACGCAUCUUCAUUGUAAGUUCCCCUCAGGGGGCCUACGAAACCUCUCACCCCCAGGGCCCAAUUGCAGGUUAAUGCAGGCCUGACUGAGGGGAGAGCAGGAGGAGGACAGAACACAGCUGCUGGAUACAUGCUCUCCGCAGUGUAUUUAAUAAGGCAUAUCAGUCUGGUUCCCUGGACCAUCUCGGGGGAUAGAUACUUAUGGGUGCCUUGCCAAUGUCAGUUAAUAGGGAAGGUAAAAUUUAAUACCAGUUCAUAUCUCUCAUCAGCACUCAAGAUCAUACAUAGGCGCUAUACUGAUUGCAGUCGUACAUAUGGCCUUAGGCCGGUGCAGAAGAUAAUCACAGCCGAUAAUCUUAUUUUUUUAUACAACAGUUCUACGUCAGUUUUUGUAUUGAAUCCUUUAUUUGUCUCCGCCAACACAAAUAGCUCCACACUUGGACUGUUGCCAAAUAACUUAUAUAUAUUUUCCUGCAUACUGUGUAACUGAGUGUGGGUCUACAUGUUAUCAUGUGCUUUCCAGUUUAUUUCCAUUUAUUGUGAAACCUAUGAAAUAACAGCCCGUUGACAUCCCUUGGGUGGCCUGUGUAAUUGUGUUCAGUUAAAGUUCUGAUCAGAAAUGAUGCUACUCGAAAAUUAAAAAGGGCACAUUAUGAAAACAA